UUUUGUCCCUCGUUUUUUGUCAAAUUUCUAAGUUUGAAAGAAGAGCCAAAAAAUAACCUACAAUGGCUUCCGAUCAACCGCAACCACAACAAGACCCCAAAACAAUUCCUCUCAAAAUCCUAAUAGACAAACCAAACAACAAAGUUGUUGCCAUCGAAGCUUCCAAACACUUCAUCGACACUCUCUUCAGUUUCCUAUCUCUUCCACUCGCCACCAUCAUUCGUCUCUUAUCAACCAACACCAACGAUCAACAACAACAACCACAACUACUCGGAAGCAUCAAAAGCCUCUACGAAACUGUACAAACCCUCACUCCAAACGACGUUUGGAACCCCGUAUGCAAACAAAUGCUAUUGAACCCAAAGAAUCCCUGUGAGUCACUUUGCUCGAAGCUGUUCUUGAAUAUUGAUGAUACUGAAGUAUCAAGUGGGUUUUUUGUGUGUGAUUCUUGUAACAAGUUUACAACUUUUCAGAAUCUUGACUGUACUUGUGGAAGACCUACUAAUAGACAGCCUAAGUAUUUGGAUUCUGAGAGUGUUGGUGUUGAUUCCCUUGAUGGGGUUUUUGUGAAGGAAAAUGGGUCUUUGUUUUUGGUUUUUGAUGAUUUGAGGGUUGUGCCUAGUUCUUUGGUGACUUCCAUGCAGAUGUUGAAGGAAUUGGGGUAUUCUGAUUUGAGUCAAUUAGAGGAAGUCACACAAAACAUUGGAAAGCAAGAGAUAUUGAACCUCCUCAAGUACGCGCUAACCUCUCACGAGCCUCUGACGAAUACAAUUUUGAAAAGUAGCUCCAAGAAGAAAGAUAACUCACCAAGCCAGUUUGCAUCAGCAGUCAAAGCAAAAACUUGCACCAGUGACAUCAAAAUGGAUGUUAAGCUAGUGCGAAGUAAAUCUCAAAAAAAGAUAAUCUUUGCAGAAACCGGCAAAAACUUUGUUGACUUCAUUUUUAGCUUCCUUGCAAUACCAUUAGGGUCCAUCGUAAAGCUUUUGGAUGGUAACUCUUUUGUUGGCUGUAUUGAUAAUUUAUACAAAAGUGUGGAGAACUUGGACUCGUCCUGGUGUACAGACUCGCGCUCUGUGUUACUCAAUCCUGGUGUCGUACCACAGUUCGGUUGUCCAAACCAGCCCCUCAACAUUCCUCAUGUACAACCACCACUCUCUACAUAUUAUUAUGGUACGGGAACACCAAAGCAUGAGUAUAAUUAUAAUCAUGGUCAUCGUACAGUAGAAGCAAAGGUAGAGGGAGGAGUGAUUUCUAAGACAUUCGGAUUGAUUUAUAAUGCAAAACAAUUGGUUCAACUGGAUCCAAGAUCCCCGAACACGUCAAAAGGUGUUGUGGGAUUUGUGAAGACACCAGCACUAUAUGGUGUAGGAGAUGAUCUAAAAGUGCAAUCACUAUCUGCAAAUUUUUGCCUCUCAUAUUUGAAAGAACUGAAACUUCCUCUUGAUGAUCUUGAAGUGAAAGUGAUAAGUUUUGGUGAAGUUGAGGCUUUGAGCCUUCUUGCAGCUUCCUUGAAAUCAAAAUCUUCUCUGACUAGUGGACUAGAAGACUUUUUCAUUGUGCCAAAACAAGAUUCAAAUUUGACCUCAAAGUAUACUAGUAGGCUUGAUGAACUUGGAAAGGAGCUAAAACCAGAAGACUGAAUUAUCAUUCAGUUGCAGUUUCAACCUUUGUUUUGAACAGUAGAAAGAAGAUUUUGGACUUUAGUUUGUCAUAUCAGUAGUUUAUGGUUUCCAAUUAUCUAUUACUACUAACCAUUUUUUUUUUUUGGUUUUUCUAUCUAGUUUUAUGGACUAAGUGGUGAAAUACUUCAUGACAAGGGACUAUAAUGGUAAAAUAUGAGUAGCACUAUUGUUGGUUAUUGCUAUCACUCUUCACCUUGUGUUAUCUAUUACUAUUUGGAUAUAAUUUUCAGUUUCUUUACCAAUUUUGGUUUAAACUUCUCAACAAAUAAAAAAGUUUCCAAUUUAAUGACAUUGAAGAACUUGAUGUACGGUUGGCAACAGGGUCGGCCUCACCUUAUCAAGCCCACUUAAAUCAUAUCAAAUUUGGGGAAUUUGGUUUUUACACCACCCUAAUUAGACCUAUACCCCCAAAAUACAAACUACCCAAAACACCCAUUAUGUUAUCCUCUAAAUGCUAAUUAUCAGCUAAAAAAUCAAAACUUUUUAAAUUAUCAAAAGUU